AUGUCUAAGGAGGAGGACAUUCUUGGGCUCAUCGAGCUGCAAUACGACCGGCAGCACCGCAUGGAGCGGCUGCUGGACAAUGCACGCAAGUCCGGUCAACUGAAGUCAGUUGGCGGGUUGACGUCUCGUUUGCAGGUUCUCGACACGUACUGGGCUCAGUUCCAGGAUGAUCAUCGCACGAUCCGAGCGUCUCGCCUCAAGACCGUGCGAGAGUCAGACUACGUGCAACAGGAUGCCUGUGGCACGGUACAGGAAGUCUACAUUGCGCAGCGCGCAGAAAUCCAAACCCUGCUCGAUGGGUUGAAGGUUCAGGAGGCUGAGUCGGCUGCUCACGCAGUUCCCGCGCAGGCGGUAGUGCCCGAGGCUUCGUUGCCUCGCAUUCCCAUUCCGAAGUUCGAAGGGAAGUUUGACGAAUGGCGCAAUUUUAAGGAUCUCUUCGAGUCCUUAAUAGUCGAUAACCCGUCGUUAGCAUCAGUUCACCGGAUGCAUUAUUUAAAACAGAGCGUAUCGGGAGAGCCUGAACGUCUGCUCCGGCACUACGGCGUCGCUACUGGCUCGUUUGAGCAAGCGUGGGAAGCGCUAUGUGCACGGUACGAUAACCGUCGUUUGCUUGUGGACCAGCAUCUCGACGCUUUCCGGGAUAUUGGCCCGAUGCGUCAGGAGAGCGUCUCCGAGGUUCGGAGGCUGCUGGAUCGAGCCAGCGAGCUGCGAGCCGCCUUGCGCCUUCUUGACCAGCCAGUGGAUGCUUGGGACGUGAUAUUGGUCAAUAUCCUCCGUUCCAAGCUAGACUCUGCAACGCGGCGGGCCUGGGAGAUGGCCACCGCGGACCGGCGCGAGCCAGUGAGCUGGGACAGACUGGCAGUCUUCCUGGACGAGCGUCGGGUGGCGCUCGAGGCGGUUGCCGCGGCUCCGUCCAUUGGGGACAGCCCCCGUGCCUCAUCGGCAUCCGAGCGGACUGGUCGACGAUCGCUGCAUCUCCAUCGGCCCAAGCCGACCCGUUGCGCUGAGUGCGGUUCUGAGCAUGGACUCAGAGAGUGUUCGGCCUUUAAAGAUCGGCCGGUCUCUUCGCGACGGGCAAGGGUGCGCGCUCUCGGGUUGUGCUUCAACUGCCUCGGUCCGUCGCACCAGGCGGCCGCUUGCCCGUCUAAGGGUCGAUGUCGGGAGUGCGGAGAGCCGCACCAUUCACUUCUGCACUCCGCCCAGCAGUCUCCGGCCCCGGCGUCGGGGGAAGCGCCGGUCACGGCGCAUGCUGCGACGCGGAUGCCUGCGCAGCGAGUGCUUUUGGCCACAGCCAGGGUUUGUCUGAUGGCGUCCGAUGGCCGAUCCGCUGUGGUUCGAGCGCUCAUUGACCAGGGCUCUGAGGGGAGCCUGGUGUCCGAGGCGCUUGCGCAGCGGCUGCGCGCGUCUCGUAGAUCGGUGGAUGUCGGGCUGUCGGGCGUCUCAGAGGGACCCCCUCAGCGGGUGCGGGCCAGCACGUCAUUGCGGCUCAGGGCAACUGCUGGCCUCCCGUUCUCCACCACGGUGGAGGCCCUCAUUCUACCGAGGCUUACGGCGUACCACCCCCCGCAGAGGGCUCGGCUGACGGGGAAGUGGUCGCAUUUGAGGAACCUCCGAUUGGCGGAUGAUCACGAUGAUGACGAGCGCAUCGAGGCGAUACUUGGAGCGGAGGUAUUCGCCGAGAUCGUGUUGACGGGGCUUCGCCGGGGCCCGAGGGGAGCUCCCGUCGCGCAGCGUACCCGCUUGGGGUGGGUGCUGUGCGGGGCUCUCCCGUCUGCCGCCGGAGCGGGCGGCUCUCAUUGUCAUGUGGUGCAGUGUGCGUCGGACAACAUGGCGGAUCUCUUGCGGCGCUUCUGGGAGGUGGAGGAGAUUCCGGAGCCUCCGACUGAGCUGUCUCUCGGCGACACUCGGCGGAUUGCCACUGCCUCGUUGCAUCGCUUGGAGCGGCGACUGCUUCGGCAGCCUUCCUUGGGCGGGGCCUAUCGCGACUUUCUUGAUGACUAUGAACGACAGGGGCAUAUGAUCCGCCUGCCGCUCAAUGUCGAGACUCCGCGGCUCUCUUACUUUAUUCCACAUCACCCGGUGAUUAAACAAGCCCCCGAGCUUAAAGUAAGAGUGGUGUUCAACGCCUCGCAGGCGUCCACCAAUGGCCGGUCGUUGAACGACUUGGUGCACGUGGGGCCGCGCUUACAGCGAGAACUGGGCGAGAUUCUACUUGCCUGGCGCAUGCAUCGAGUGGCCUUCUCUGCAGACAUCGAGCAAAUGUUUCGUCAAGUGCGGGUGGCUCCGGAGGAUCAACACCUCCAACAGAUUCUCUGGCGAGACAGCCAGACGCAGACAAUAUCGGUGUACCGGUUGACCACGGUCACCUAUGGCAUGGCGUGCGCUCCUUAUCUGGCCAUCCGCACGCUGCACCAGCUGGCGCUGGAUGAGCGGGAACGUUAUCCCCGGGCAGCAGACUUACUUCGUCGACAAACCUACGUCGACGAUAUUCUUGCGGGGGCAGAUGACCUUGGGGAGGCACGCAGUCGACAGCGUGAGCUGAGCAGCUUGCUCAUGGCGGGCGGGUUCCGACUCAGGAAGUGGGCGGCCUCACAUCCGGAACUCUUGUCCGGUAUCCCGGAGGGGGACCGCGAGCCUUUGGUGCCUCUGCCGGACCCUGGGGCCGUGGGUGCAUCUGUGCUGGGGGUCGGUUGGAUUCCGGUCGAGGAUGCAUUCUGCUUUUCGGUCAACCCCGGGGCUCAAUCAGCCAUCUCGAAGCGUGGCAUCUUGUCAGUCGUUGCGCGAUUAUACGACCCCUGGGCUGGUUGGGGCCUAUGGUAG